AGCCCGACCCAGAUCAGCGUUUCAGGAGAGACCACCCGGAGUGUAUGUGAGCUCCAGGAGCAGACCAGAGGAAGAGGGCACCAUGGCGGCUCUCCUAUUGCUGCUGCCCCUACUCUUACUGCUGCCUCUGCUGCUGAAGUUGGACCUCUGGCCUCAGCUGCGCUGGCUGCCAGCAGACCUGGCCUUCACAGUGCGCGCCCUCCGCUGCAAAAGGGCCCUUCGAGAUCGCGCGCUGGCCGCAGCGGCUGCAGACCCGGAGAGCCCCGAGGGCGGCUGCAGCCUGGCCUGGCGCCUCGCGCACCUGGCCCGGGAGCGCCCGAUGCACACUUUCCUCAUUCACGGAGCUCAGCGCUUCAGCUACGCGGACGCCGAGCGCGAGAGCAACCGGGCUGCUCGCGCUUUCCUGCGCGCACGCCGCUGGGCCGGGGGCCGAGGCGACUCGGACACCCGUAGCACCAAGGAAGGCGCAGGCGCGGCGCCUGUGGCCGGAGACCAGGAGACUGGAGGAGAGACGACCGCACCCCCUCUGGCACCCAGGGCGACUGUGGCGCUGCUCCUCCCCGCGGGGCCGGAAUUCCUAUGGCUUUGGUUCGGACUGGCCAAAGCCGGCCUGCGCACGGCCUUUGUGCCCACCGCCCUCCGCCGAGGGCCCCUGCUGCAUUGCCUCCGCAGCUGCCGAGCAAGCGCGCUCGUGCUGGCGUCAGAGUUCCUGGAGUCCCUGGAGCCGGAUCUGCCCGCCCUGAGAGCCAUGGGGCUCCACCUGUGGGCGACCGGCCCCGAAGCUCAUCUUGCUGGAAUCAGCAAUUUGCUGUCCGAGGCUGCAGCCCAAGUGGAUGAGCCAGUGCCUGGGUACCUCUCUGCCCCCCAGAGCAUGAUGGACACCUGCCUGUACAUCUUCACCUCUGGGACUACUGGCCUGCCCAAGGCUGCUCGCAUCAGUCACCUGAAGGUCCUGCAAUGCCAGGGGUUCUACCAGCUGUGUGGUGUUCACCAGAAGGAUGUGAUCUACCUCGCGCUCCCACUGUACCACAUGUCUGGCUCCCUGCUGGGCAUCGUGGGCUGCUUGGGCAUUGGUGCCACGAUGGUACUCAAGCCCAGGUUCUCAGCUAGCCAGUUCUGGGAAGAUUGCCAGAAGCACGGUGUGACAGUAUUCCAGUACAUUGGGGAGUUGUGCCGAUACCUCGUCAACCAGCCCCCGAGCCAGGCAGAACGUGGCCACAAGGUCCGGCUGGCAGUGGGCAGUGGGCUGCGCCCGGACACCUGGGAGCGUUUCGUGCGGCGCUUUGGGCCUCUGCAGAUCCUGGAGACAUAUGGAAUGACAGAGGGCAACGUGGCUACUUUCAACUACACGGGACAACAGGGUGCCGUGGGGCGCGCGUCCUGGCUGUACAAGCACCUCUUCCCCUUCUCCUUGAUUCGAUACGAUGUCCUGACAGGGGAGCCUGUUCGGAAUGCCCAGGGGCGUUGUGUGGCCACAGCUCCAGGUGAGCCAGGGCUAUUGGUGGCCCCGGUGAGCCAGCAGUCCCCUUUUCUGGGCUACGCUGGGGCUCCAGAACUGGCCCAGGGGAAGCUGCUGAAGGAUGUCUUCUGGCCUGGGGACGUUUUCUUUAAUACUGGGGACCUCUUGGUCUGUGAUAAGCAAGGCUUUCUUCAUUUCCAUGAUCGUACGGGAGACACCUUCAGGUGGAAGGGGGAGAAUGUGGCCACUACGGAAGUGGCGGAAGUCUUGGAGGCCUUGAACUUCCUGCAGGAGGUGAACGUCUAUGGAGUCAGUGUGCCAGGGCACGAAGGCAGGGCUGGCAUGGCAGCCUUGGCCCUGCGACCCCCACAGGCUUUGGACCUUGUUCAGCUGUACACCCACGUUUCUGAGAACUUACCACCGUAUGCGCGACCCCGAUUCCUCAGGCUCCAGGAGUCUCUGGCCACUACCGAGACCUUCAAACAGCAGAAGGUUCGGAUGGCGAAUGAGGGCUUUGACCCCAGCGCGCUGCCAGACCCUCUUUAUGUCCUAGACCAGGAAGUGGGUGCCUACCUGCCCCUCACACCUGCCCGCUACAAUGCCCUCCUCUCUGGAGACCUUAGAAUCUGAGACCUUCCACUUAAGGGAGGGCUCUGGGGGUACAGCCACCAUGACUGUACCAGGGGUUUGGGGAUCUUUUGUAUAUGGAGUGAUUAUC